CCGUUGCUUGCCUUCCGGAAUACGAAAACAGCGGUUUGAAUUUUCUAGGAAGAUAUAUUGUGCCAGGAAGUGUUGCCUGUUCUGUAGACUGUAUCGAUAAUAGCGUCUUUAACUUAAGACAUAAAUUUUCGUUGUAUAUUGAUAUCGACAUAAAAUAUCUAAAAAACCAUAAAAAUGUCAAAAGACGAAAAAGAGUGCGUUAUUCCCGAUGUUAUAUACGAUUCUAAUACCGGUAAAAGUUAUCUCAAAGGUCGUUUCUUUGGUAAGGGUGGCUUUGCUAGAUGCUAUGAAAUCAGAGAAUCAAAAUCUCAUCAUGUUUUUGCGGGAAAAAUUGUAUCCAAAUCGAUAAUGACAAAAAGUAAUCAAAGGGAAAAAAUGACGCAAGAAAUUGCAAUACAUCAAAGUUUAAAUCACAGGAACAUUGUUGGAUUUUAUGGCUUUUUUGAUGAUGCACAAAACAUUUAUAUUAUUCUUGAACUUUGCCGUAAAAGAUCAAUGAUGGAACUGCAUAAACGUAGAAAAGCACUUUCAGAAUGUGAGACUAGGUAUUAUAUGAAACAAAUUUUAGAAGGUGUACAUUAUUUACAUCAAAAUAGAAUUAUACAUAGAGAUCUAAAGUUAGGUAAUUUAUUCUUAAAUGAUGAUCUACAAGUUAAAAUUGGUGACUUUGGACUGGCGACACGAUUGGAGCAUGAUGGGGAACGAAAAAAAACAUUGUGUGGAACGCCAAAUUAUAUUGCUCCAGAAAUUUUAACUAAAGCAGGACAUUCUUAUGAAGUUGACGUGUGGAGCAUAGGUUGUAUAAUGUAUACUUUACUUGUUGGUAAACCUCCAUUUGAAACAUCAAGUUUAAAAGAAACAUAUAAUAGAAUUAAACAAGUUCAAUAUAGAACACCUUCACAUCUCAGUAAACCUGCUAUGGCAAUGAUUACAAGUAUGCUACAAGGAACACCUUCAAAACGCCCUCCUGUAUCUAAAUUAAUGAAGGAUAUCUUUUUUACAUCUGGCUAUUUGCCAACAAGUUUGCCACUUUCAUGUUUAACAAUGGCACCACGUUUGGAUAUGUUGGAGAUGCAUAAUCAACGUAAACCUUUAUCCGAGAUGAAUCUUAAUGCCGGUGGAGAUGGAGAAGAUAAUAUGUUCCGUGUGCCAAACAGUCCAGCACGUAAAAAAGCUACAGAAGAUGUUAAUGGAGUACAAAAAAUAAAUCUAGAUAUAAAGAAAAUGUUACAGACCUUAAAAGAACAACUGACUGCUGUAUUAGUGGCUAGGCCAUCAAGCGAAACAGCAUCUUCUGCAGAAUAUCCAAAACCAUUCCAGAUCCUUAUGGAACCUUCAGAUGAAAUGACUGAUCCAGCUGCACAGCCUUUAAUUUGGAUAAGUAAAUGGGUUGAUUAUUCGGAUAAAUAUGGAUUUGGAUAUCAAUUGUCUGAUGAUGGAGUAGGUGUUAUGUUUAACGAUGGUACAAGACUGAUAAUGCUGGCCAAUGGUUUCAAUAUCCAUUAUAUAAAUCGCGAUGGAAAUGAAUUAUAUUAUACUGUUCAAGAAUAUCCAACUACUUUGGACAAGAAAAUGAAGUUAAUGAAUUUUUUCCUGAAAUACAUGAACGAGCAUUUAAUGAAAGCCGGUGGAUCGAUCGCUGUAAAACAAAGCGAUUCAUUAUCAAGAAUACCUUAUAUGCAUCAAUGGUUUAGGACACAGACUGCUGUAGUUAUGCAACUAACAAAUGGAACGGUACAGAUAAAUUUCUUGGAUCACACAAAAAUUAUUAUGUGUCCUCUAAUGGCUGCUGUUACUUAUAUAGAUCAAGAGAAAAAUUUUAAAACUUACAGAUUCCAAACUAUCCAAGAAAAUGGCUGUUCCAAAGGUCUUUAUAAAAAUUUAACAUAUGCAUAUGAAAAGCUUGGAUUAAUGUUAUUAAAUUCUCAAACACGAUAACAUAAUACAUUAGAAUAAAAUUAUAUAAGAAUAUAGAAAGGAUAAAUAUGUUAAUUCCAGCCUGAAAAACACAGAAAAGUUUUAUAUCUGUACCUAGAUUUAAAAGCAGUAGACUACGAAUUUAUAUUAUAUUGUCUUUCUUUCUCUCUUUUGUUUCUUUUUUUUUGUAUAGGCAUAUAAAAACAAUUUAGGAAGGGUAUUUUUUUUUAAUUUUAUACUUAUAACAAUUAAAAGCAAGUGGCCUAUAAUUAAUUAUUCAUAGUAUUUAUUAAAUUUGUAAUGACUUAAAAAAAUUUAAUUAUAUAUUUUAAUUUUUAAGAUAUGCCAUGGGCCAAACAGCUGUAAUAGCUGUAUUUUAUUACAUAGAGUUUUUUUUUUAUCUUAUUAAUCAUUUUCUAUUAAUUCAUAUAUCUCGAAUUUUAAUUAUUAUACAUGUCAAGCUGCUCUGAUUUUAUAAGUGAAUCACAAAUUUAAUGUCCUCUCUCUUUCUCUCUUUUAUAUAUUUCAUGUUAUGCAUAUUAUAAUGCAAAUAGAAAAUUCUCAUAGCUCAAUGGAGCAGUGCAAUGUAAUACCCGAUUAAUUAUAACAGUUCAAAAAGUAGAAAACUGAAAUGAGAAAAAGUACCUAGUAUGACUAGAGUAAGAUGAGUUACAUAUAAAAUUAAAAACAUUUCUCUCUCUCUCUCUUUCUCUCUCUCUCUAUAUAUAUAUGAAUUUUUAUUCAGAAAACAAUAUUUAUUUCAAACUCAGAUACUGCUUUUUUGUUGUUGUUAAAUAAAAUGAAGUAAUAAUAAUAGAUGAAAAAGCAUGUAAAACGAUCGUAAUUAGUACAAAUGUUUUAGCUACGAAAAUCUCACUUAUAAUAUUAAUAACAUUUCGCGCAGGAAUUGAUAAACGUCUUUGACACGCACAAUCAUUUAAAUAUUUAAAUAUAUAGAUUAAUAGAAAUAAUUUUCAAUUAUCAUAGGCAGGUCUAUGCUAACUAAAUUGAUACGAAAAUGUACAUAAAUAUUUUUUUAAGGGAAUAGACAAUAAGAUUAUAAAUAUUAUGUUGUAAGAAAUUAUUUAGAACAUCAAUAAUACUGUUAACAUUAUUUUUUACAAACUAAUUGUAUAUCACUUUUGCAUUACAUAAGAAAAUAAAUUGUUUAUUAUA